UUCUGGUAACUCGUCUCUAAUUGGGCGAUAUCAAUUUAGGGCCGUUUCGUUGGGACGUUUCUGAUUUGUCGGUUUUAAGUUGUUGCUCAAUGUGAUUGGCUGAACCGCUCUGCUCCCGCCUGCCUGCUUGGAACGUAACAGACGUGCACAAGGUGUGUCAUGAGUGACUAAGCCAGCGUCCAUAGACACAGCAUGUUGACAGCAGGAAAAGCAUGCGCCUCUCUGGCGGCUAAGCGUCUGCUGGCCGUGUCCGGCUCUGCGCCUGCAGUGCUGGAUCAGCCGUGCCGCUCCAGACUCUUUCACACAUCCAUAUCACACAAAGGUGAUGUUGAGCUUCACGAGGCUUGGGCCUCUCUGGCCAAGAAACAGCUGAAAGGGAAAAACCCAGAAGAUUUGAUCUGGCACACUCCUGAGGGCAUCUCCAUCAAACCCGUGUACACUCGGGCUGACACGGCGACGGUUCCAGAUGAGCUUCCUGGUGUAUUCCCCUACUCCAGAGGGCCUUACCCUACCAUGUACACAUACAGACCCUGGACCAUUAGACAGUAUGCUGGCUUCAGCACAGUGGAGGAGAGCAACAAGUUUUACAGAGACAAUAUCAAAGCGGGCCAGCAAGGCCUGUCCGUGGCCUUUGACCUUCCCACACACAGAGGCUAUGAUUCAGACAAUCCCAGAGUUCACGGCGAUGUGGGCAUGGCCGGCGUGGCAAUCGACACAGUGGAGGACAUGAAGAUGCUGUUUGAUGGAAUUCCUCUGGAGAAGAUGUCCGUGUCCAUGACCAUGAACGGCGCUGUGAUUCCCAUCCUGGCCAUGUUUGUAGUGACGGGGGAGGAGCAGGGCAUGGACAAGGCCAAACUCACCGGCACCAUCCAGAACGACAUCCUCAAAGAGUUCAUGGUCCGAAAUACGUACAUCUUUCCUCCAGAGCCCUCCAUGCACGCCAUAGCGGACAUAUUUGCCUACACUUCGAAGAACAUGCCCAAGUUUAACUCCAUCUCAAUCAGUGGCUACCAUUUACAAGAAGCUGGGGCUGAUGCUGUCCUGGAGCUGGCCUACACCAUUGCUAAUGGGCUGGAGUACUGCAGAACUGGCCUAAAGGCAGGCCUCACCAUCGACGAAUUUGCCCCCAGGUUGUCUUUCUUCUGGGGUAUUGGUAUGAACUUUUAUAUGGAGAUCGCCAAGAUGAGAGCCGCACGGCGUCUCUGGGCUACGCUGAUUAAAGAAAACUUCCAGCCCAAGAACUCCAAAUCUCUACUGUUAAGGACACACUGUCAGACAUCAGGAUGGUCUCUGACUGAGCAGGACCCCUACAACAACGUGGUCCGUACAGUGAUCGAGGCCAUGGCUGCUGUGUUUGGAGGUACACAAUCUCUGCACACCAACUCUUUUGAUGAGGCGCUGGGAUUGCCAACGGUCAAGAGCGCCCGUAUCGCCCGCAACACCCAGAUCAUCAUCCAGGAGGAGUCUGGCAUCCCGAAAGUGGCCGACCCCUGGGGAGGCUCCUACAUGAUGGAGACGCUUACAAAUGACGUGUACAAUGCAGCUCUCAAGUUCAUCAAUGAAAUCGAGGAGAUGGGAGGAAUGGCUCGAGCGGUGGCCGAGGGAAUCCCGAAGCUCCGGAUCGAGGAGUGUGCUGCACGCAGACAAGCUCGUAUCGAUUCAGGCUCUGAGGUCAUUGUUGGGGUCAACAAGUAUCGUCUUGAGAGCGAAGAGUCGGUGGAGGUUCUGGCCAUCGAUAACACCGUCGUGCGACAAAAACAGAUUGAGAAGCUCCAGAAGGUGAGGGAGAGCCGAGAUGGCGAGGCGGCGAAAAGGUGCCUGGAUGCUAUACAGCAAUGCGCUCAAACCAGGGAUGGGAAUCUGCUGCAGCUGGCUGUGGAGGCUGCUAGGGCAAGGUGUUCUGUGGGUGAGAUCACGGACGCCAUGAAAGCCGUUUUCGGGGAGCACAAGGCCAGCACACGUAUGGUGAGUGGAGCAUACCGCAGUGAGUUUGGUGAACAUGAGGAGAUCACCCACGCUUAUGGUCGGGUCGUGCAGUUUAAGAAGCAUGAAGGCAGAAAUCCUCGUCUGCUGGUUGCCAAAAUGGGACAGGAUGGACAUGACAGAGGUGCAAAGGUCAUCGCCACGGGAUUCGCCGAUUUGGGCUUUGAUGUGGAUAUUGGACCACUUUUUCAGACACCUCGAGAGGUGGCUCAGCAGGCUGUCGAUGCAGACGUGCAUUGUGUAGGUGUCAGCACACUCGCAGCCGGACACAAGACCCUCGUUCCCGAGCUCAUUAAGGAGCUGCGCAGUCUAAACCGUCCGGAUAUCCUGGUCAUCUGCGGUGGAGUCAUCCCCCCACAGGACUACGAGUUUUUGUACGAGAGUGGAGUUAGCUGUAUUUUUGGUCCCGGGACCAGAAUCCCACAAGCCGCAGUGGAGGUCAUCGACAACAUAGAGAAGAGUCUGGAGAAAAAUCGGCAAGCUAUGUAACUGGAACUGAACAAUACCCUGUGCACUUAUUAUGGUGGUGGUUGAGUCAAUCAAGUUGAGAUGAGAAUGUGGUUAUUAAGCAUUACUCUGUCACUGUUUUAUGUUCCAGCACUUCUUUACUUGAGAGAUUACAAUAAAAAAUGUAUCAACACUAACAGUAUGAUUAUGUAAAAUAUCCUUGAUUCCAGCUUUAGAAGAAUCAUUAAGAAGUGAUCAUGAAAGCCAUCAUUCAUUCAAUUGUCAUAUUGUAUAUUUGGUCAUAAACAUCAUUUAUGACUUCUGUAAUGUCUCCUAGAUGAAUUGAAUGGAUUCAGUUGGCACUGGAUUGUACCAUUUCAUCACCCUCUGUGUUAAAUGGCAUUAUUUUACAACAGGAUGUUGAAUAUAUGACAAUUCUUCAUACAACAAUGAUUCAAGAUGAGCCUAUUAAAUAGUUCUGUAUAAUAA